UUGCCUAUACGAUGUCAACAAACGAAUUGGAAACCCAAUUUUCCGUGCCUCCGGUAAAAGCCGGAGAACGAAAGUCUACAUCUCUUUCGGGGAAAAUUCUCAUUAGCAUUACCGGUGGUAUUGCUGUAGGUCUCUCGAUUGUUUGCUACCCUUUCGUUGCACCAGCAUUGCGUAAACACUGCCUCCCGUACGUACCGGCCACGCCAAAUCAGAUAAAAAAUGUGCUAUCGUUCAUAAAGCCUGUGGGCGGUAGCAGCAGGCUGCUGGACAUAGGUUCCGGUGACGGUCGAAUUGUUAUUGCAGCUGCCCGUGCCCAACGAUCGUUAAAGGCCGAUGGUGUCGAGCUCAAUCCAUGGUUGGUUUACUACUCCAGAUUUGCCGCCCUUCGCCACGGCGUACUAGGAAAAACAAACUUCUAUCGUAAAGACCUAUGGAAGUUUAGUCUUGCUCCGUACGAUCAUAUUGUGAUAUUCGGUGUAGAACAAAUGAUGGUGGACUUGGAAAAGAAAAUACAACAAGAAGCUUCCCCUGGCACGACGGUCAUUGCAUGCCGGUUUCCGUUUCCUUCUAUGAAGGUGGAGAACCGAAUAGACGAAGGAGUGGACUCGGUUUGGGUGUAUCGCCCGGUGAAAACCGAUGGGAAAGAUUCCUUUAAUUAA